AUGGUGCGCGCCGACCAGCUGCAGCUGUGCGCUCUGCUGUCGCGCAAGGGCAACAGCGGGGAGGUGUGGCGCGGCACACUCUGGGGCAAGCAGGUGGCGGUGAAGCUGGUGCGCAUCGAGGACGUAGACGAGCGGCUGCUGGACUGCCUGAGGCGCGAGGUGGCGGUGCUGCUGCACACGACAGGGGAGUGCAAACAGGUGUGCAUCUACAAGGGUUUCUGCGUCAAGGGCAGCUACUUCUGCAUCAUCAUGAAGCUCUACGGCGGCUCCCUGUCGCAGCGCGUCGCGCGCGCGCCAGGCAAGCGGCUGCCGCUUUCUCUGGCGGUCAAGUGGGGCGCGGACGUUGCAAAGGGUCUGGUUGAGCUGCACCGCCUGGGGGUGGUGUGCGCUGACCUGAAGCCUGACAAUGUUUUGAUUGAUGACGAGAUAGGGGACGCCGUGAUCGCCGACUUUGGGAUCAGCAGCGUGGUCGCCGGCACGCUCGGCGGCGGGACGGGCGGCGGCGGCGGCGCAGCGGGCGCGCGGCGGGCGUGCGGGGCGCGGAGCAGCGGCAACAUCCGGGGGACACCUAACUACAUGGCGCCCGAGCAGUUUGGCCCGCGCCACCUACACACCAUAAAGGUUGAUAUCUGGGGCUUCGGCUGCACCUUCCUGCACAUGAUUACAGGCAGCCCCCCCUGGGCGGGCGACAGCGUGCUGCAGAUUUGCACGUCUGUCGGUGUCGGCAAGCAGGCGCCGCAGCUGCCGCAGGGGCUGCCUGCCGAGCUGGUGCGGCUGCUGGGAAGCUGCAUGGAGGCGGACCCGAGCCGGCGGCCGGCGGCGACACAGCUGCUGAAGGUGCUGCAGCUGGUGGGGCCUCGCGUCGAGCCGGUCGCCGCGGGGCUGCGGCACGCGGCGGCGCAGCGCACGCAGCUGCUCAAGGCGGCGCGCAGCGUGCUUCAGGGGCUGCAGGGGGACGUGGUGCAGCUGGUGCGGGAGAUGGACACGGGAGUCAUCGAGGGCGAGGACGGCGCCGGCGCGGGGGAGCCGGACGGCAAGGGGGACCUGGACCAGUACCUCCAGCAGCUCGGGAUGCCAAUGCUGCAGGAAGCUUCUCGACCGUCCGCGGCAGCUUCCCCCUCCGCGCCGCCCCUGGGCUGCCUAGAAGACAUCCAGCAGCAGCAGGCGGCGCUGCAGCAGCUGCAGACGCCAGAGCCGGGCGCCGCGGCCUCCGCGGCAGGCGUCGGCGCCGGCGGGUUGCCGGCGCCGUGGCUGGCGCCGUGCCCGCGGCAGCUGCUGCCGCCCGGGUGGGCGAGCGCGGAGCCUGCCGAGCGCCUGAGCGGCGGCGGUGGCAGCGGCGGCGGGCGCCACGGUCGGACCAUGAGCGCCCAGCUACUGCAGCGGCCGGGCGCGGGCGCGCUUGGCGGCGCCGGUGCGGGCGCGGGUGCGCCUGGCGCGCUGGCUGCGCCCCUGGGCGGCCACCACCACCGGAGCUACAGCGAGGCGGCGCCCGGCGGCGCGGCGGGCGCCGCGGGCCCGUUUGGCGGCGCGCACUACAAGCAGCAGCAGCGGCGGCAGCAGGACGACGAGGCAGAGGAGGAGCGGCGGGGCCGCGGGACCGGGGCCGGCGCGGCGGUGCCUUGGGGCAGCGGGAAGGUGCCCGUCGGCGCGCCCUGCGCGGCCGGCGUCGCCGCCGCUGGAAAGGGUGGCAGCAAGGCAGGCGCUGGCAGCGGCGCCAGCACGAGCAGCGGCAGCCUGCCGCAGCAGUCCGACAAACAAAAGCAGCAGCAGCAGCAGCAGCAGCAGCAGCAGCAGCCGACGCGGACCCACAGCCAAAAGCUGCAGGAAGCCUGCCGGCUCGAGGCCGAGGCCAAGGCCGCCUCCGACACCGGCCGCCCGGAAGCCGCCGAGCAGCUGACGCGGCAGGCCCUGGCGAUCCUGCAGGCGGCCGCGGGCGCAAAGCACCCCAACACGAUCGGCUGCAUGGGGCGGCUGGCCGGGGUGCUGAGUCGCCUGGGCAAGGCGGCGGAGGCGGAGGGGCUGUUCAAGCAGGUGCUGCAGCACAGGGAGGCGCUGCUGGGCCGCUCGCAUCCGCAGGGCGGAACCUGA